AUGGCUGCCUCAACAUCAUUUCUAAUGCUCGUCACACUUGUACAAGUCAUUCAAAGCUUUUACACCAGCGACGAAUUUCGUUCAUCAUACUUAAGUAUUUGGGAUGACCAUAUGUUACAAGGUCACGCGAUGGCAGUGCACUCAGUGAGCGGAAUCACAUCAUGUGCACAAGGCUGCUUGUCGAAACCAGGAUGUCUUUCCUUUAACUUUGGGAAAAACUCAAACCUCUGCGAGCUGAAUAACUCGUCCUCGCAACUACUGAAAGACCUCGUGUCGAAAGCUGGCUUUCUUUACGGCAACUGGAUAACAGUGCACAACAUGCAGUUCAUUUUUACAACUCUAGGCGCACAAGGACCAACCGGGCCAACAAACACAACUGAAUACUUAGGCGCGAUGCUAGAGGGUCAAAUCAAACUCAACAAUGGUAUUCAAGAAUGGACAGUUCCGCAUACAGGAACGUAUUAUAUCGAGGCUUUCGGGGCUUCGGGAGCAAAUGGAACAUGUGACUCAUGUUCGGGGUGGAGACUUGGAGGACUAGGUGCAAAAAUCACCGGCUCCUUUGAACUCAAGCGAGGCCAGAAGUUAAAGAUAUUAGUGGGACAGAAAGGGCAAGUAAGUCGCAAAAAUAAUAAAGCCCCCGGGGGAGGUGGCGGGGGCACUUUUGUUACAUUCAUGGACAAUUCACCAUUGGUCGUAGCAGGUGGAGGAGGGGGAGCCCCAGUUUCAACUCCUGGAAAUCCAAACGGGGACCCUGGGCAAGCAGGUCAGAAUGGAACGCGGCAUGGAGGUAGGGCUGGCUCAGGGGGAAGACUUUCGCUUCCGGGCUUGAUGGCGGGAACUGGAGCAGGGAUCUGGGGAGAUGGUGAAGGUAAGGACGGGAAGGCCCUGAGCUUCCAAAACGGAGGAAUCAGUGCUGACGUAGACUUCUCAAAGGGAGGAUUCGGCGGAGGGGGUUAUGGUAUGCUCCUUCCUGGAGGAGGAGGUGGAUAUUCCGGUGGAGGAGUUGAGGGAAACUAA